AUGUCGACGGGCUCAUCGGCGUCGACGGUCGAUUCCGGAAGCUCAUCAUCGGCGGCUGAAUCGUUCGCGUCGAGCAUCUCGCUGGCUCAACCCUCAUCGGCCGCUCAAAUGCAAUACUUCAACUCGUUUCAGCCGCAAUAUGCCGCCGAGUUCGCCGGCUAUAAUCCAUCGACACCUUAUAUUUAUCCGCAGCAUCCGCAAUUCGCCACAAUCAAUCGAUUCGGUGGCACCAAUCAGUUGAGCAUCGGUCUCGGCGCGCCGCAGAAUAUCAUGAGCAUCAAUAUGGGACGACGGAAGCGACGUGUGCUGUUCUCGCCGGCGCAGGUGACGGAACUCGAGCGACGCUUCAAAACCAGCAAAUAUCUGAGCGCGCAGGAUCGCGAGGGACUCGCGCGAAGCAUCAGCCUCACGCCGACACAGGUGAAAAUCUGGUUUCAAAACCAACGCUACAAGCACAAACGGCAGGAGAAGGAGCGCGGAAUGGGCGGCGGCAAGUACACGGAAUCGGAAGGGCGCAGCAGCGAGUCGCCGAUGAGUCCGGCGAACAAGCACGACGGCAAGCACGAUGAUAGUCUCGAGCCGAAAUCGCAUCUCGACUGCUAUCCGACGACGGCCUCCAAUGAGGUGGCGGUGAAUGAGGCGGCGGCGGCGGCCGCGGCCGCCUCCUGCAUGCCCGAUCUCGCCGGCCAACAAGCAUUCCCAUAUCAGAUGUACCCGCAGAACACGUAUAUGCCGCAGGGGUUCGCCGCGUUCUGCCAAAACGCCACCUAUCAACCGGCGCAGUAUUUCGGCAAUUUUCAGCGGCUAUGA